CCAGUCAGCCACAUCUUAGUCUACACGAGAUUACAUCACAAAUUAUGACUACUGUUGCUUCUAAAGAAUUUUCUACAAGUACUGGUAGCGACCGAGGUAGUGAUUCUGUAAGCCGCCGUGGUUCUGAAAGUGAUCACGAGAAGGCUAUUCAGUAUGAGGAUUGUACUGGUGCAGCGUAUAGAAUUCGGAAGGGAGUUUCCAAAACUCCAUUGCAGAUUUCACCCCAGUUAUCCACAAUAGCUGGUAUGAACAUAUUUUUUAAGAAGGAAUAUACUCUUCCCACAGGAAGCUUUAAAGAGCGUGGUGCAAGAAAUUCUUUGGAGAUGCUCACGAAGGUUCAACGGGCUAAAGGAGUCAUUGCAGCAUCUGCUGGUAAUCAUGCGCUUGCUCUAGCUUAUCAUGGAAAGCUUUUGGAUAUUCCAGUAACAGUAGUCAUGCCAACAGUUGCACCUCUUAUGAAAGUUGCUCAGUGCGAGACUUAUGGUGCCACUGUUAUCAUGCAUGGAAGUGAUGUAGGAGAGGCCAAAAAAUUUGCCACAUUGAAAGGAAAAGAAUCUAAUCUUCAGUAUAUUAAUGGAUAUAAUCAUCCUCAUAUCCUUGCUGGCCAAGGGACCAUUGCUCUUGAAAUUUUGGAACAGAUGGAGACUUUGUCACAUAAAAUUGAUGCUGUUGUUGUUCCUAUGGGUGGAGGAGGAUUGAUUGCUGGUAUUUCAGUUGUAAUAAAGCACCUUAUGCCUCAAGUGCAAGUAAUUGGAGUUGAAUCUGAAAAAUGUCCUUCUUUUAGUGAAUCGCUUAAAGCUGGAUAUCCUGUAGAAACUGUUGCUAAACCUACCCUAGCUGAUGGUCUAGCUGUGCCUAAAGUUGGCCCUUCUGCACUUGCUACUGCAAAGGGAAACGUAGAUCGAACAGUUGUUGUAAGUGAAGAUGAUAUUGCAUUAGCAAUUUUAAGGCUAGUAGAAAUUGAAAAGGCUGUUGUUGAAGGAGCUGGUGCUACUGGUCUAGCCGCUUGUUUAUCUGGUCAACUCUCUGAUUUACAAGGAAAAAAUGUUGUAAUAGUGUUAUCUGGUGGCAACAUUGAUACAACUGUACUUGGUCGAUGCAUUGACAGAGGUUUGGCUGCUGAUGGUCGAUUAGUACGAUUAACUAUUUUGGUUGAUGACCGUCCUGGUGGUUUAAAAGGGCUCGUUGAAUUUCUUUUUGAACAAGGGGUCAGUGUCAAAGAUAUAGUUCACGAAAGAACAUGGUUGAAAGGAAGCAUAUUUAAUGUUGAGAUUGAAUGUGUAGUUGAGACUCGAGGUGGUAAACAUGCUGAGAAGCUGAGAACUGCAGCAAUGAACAAAUAUGGAAAAAAAUUUAUAAAAUGGGGACAUCGUUAACAAUUCAUCAAAACUUUAAUGUAUAACAUGAUUAUAAUGAUGUACAAUGUA